AUUCCCGGAUCCCUCUCUAUCCACGAGACAGAACGAUGAGCCUUGGUCUCUGCCUGCUGCAUCAUGCUAGUUGGACGAUUAUCUGAAAUGUCGCGUAUGACCGGCAUUGUCCAUGGAGAAACGCGUCUGUGACUGCGGUGGCUGAUGGUGCGGUGGACGGGCACUGCCCGAUCGGGAAGGCGCUGUAUUGCCAGGGUGACCGUCGACCUCGAGCCGCAUGAGAAAGUCGAGUUCCAGGCUUACGUAUCGCUACCAUCAGCCAUUCGCGGACCACCGACAUGCAUGUUUACUCCUUUCCUCUCCAUCUCUCUCCGUCCGUCAGUGCAGGCGCACCGUUCACAACUUGACUUUGCAGCCAGUCUGCGGUCCACUCCGCUCCUUUGCCUUCCCUUCCCAGUGUGGUCUGCGGUCACUUGCUGCCUACUCGCCUCUUACUGUUGUCAUCUGAGAUGCCACCGCAUCCUUGCUGAGUUGUGUGAACUGCUGGCCACGCUCGAUGCUCGACAUCUGUCUUUCUCUUGCCCCCAUUCUGCGCUGCCAAUCUCUCACAGAACUUGAGUCUGCCAUUCUACUGAUUCCCCCCGGCGUUGAAGCUAUCUUUUGUAUCGGUAUGAUUGUCUUCCGUGGAUGCGACAGGAAGCAUGUAUUGCUCACGUCCGAGGGCCUUGCGUAUUUUUCUAUUGCCCUGUUGGACUUCCUAGUGCACGUUAUCCCUGCGGUGGACCGUUCCCUUGGCGUCUUCAAGCCGCUUGAUAUUCUUACAGGUCCGUUGUUACUUGACUUAUUGUUGA